AUGCCCAAAUUCGCACAAGUGCCUGCUAGCGAUGAGAAUGAGUAUAGGCUAGCGCGCUCGAAAAAGACACAGCUGCUGGCGCUUCAUCAGCAGCAGCAGCAAGCGCCUUCGAGUGAUUCGGUCAACUGUGUCUACUCGUCGAACCAGGAAUUCUCGUCUCAGGAACCAGUCGAGACAUCCACUCAGCAAAAAGACGAAGAAAAUGUUCCACCUGCCUUGAAUGCUGCUGCUGCUGGUAAUGGUGGUAAUGGCAAGUCCAGCCUCGUGAAAUUAGCAUCAAGGACGAUUACUUCAACACGUCUGUAUCUAGGAAAUGUUUCCAACCAGUAUAAUGUCAAUUCUACCAAAUUGCAGCACAAUAAAAAGAGGAAGCCGUUGGGAGGAGACUUUGCUCCCUUGAAUCAACAUAAUAAACUUUCAAAUGCCAUCCCCAUUGCAGGAGACGUGCGUUCUGGGGAAAGCCAGUCCAAUAGGGCUCCUGCCACUGUUCAGCUCAAUACAAAAGACGCAUCCAGCUCUGCUUCAUUAAUGGUUCCUUCGCGAUUACCGCAAAAGAGACAAGCCACCGAAUCGUCAACCAAUUUGGUUGAGAAAUUGAAAAUGCCCCAGGCUGAAGACCACCACCACGCGGCUCUCAACCUCGCAACUUCGUCAACAUCGGCCCACAAAAAGUCCCGCUUGGUCGAUUACGAGUGGCAAGACUUGGACGAAGAAGAUCAUGAUGAUCCAUUGAUGGCUAGCGAGUACGUGGGCGAGAUCUUCACCUACUUCUACGAGCUCGAAACGCGAAUGUUGCCCGACCCUCACUAUGUUCAAAAUCAAAAGAACUUGAAGCCCAAAAUGAGAUCGAUUUUGGUGGACUGGAUGGUGGAAAUGCACCUCAAAUUCAGGCUCUUGCCAGAGUCGCUAUUUUUGGCAAUCAACACAAUGGAUAGGUUUAUGUCUCUCGAAAGCGUCGAGCUUGAUAAAUUGCAGUUGUUGGCCACGGGCUCCUUGUUCAUUGCUGCAAAAUAUGAGGAAGUCUUUUCCCCGCUGGUGAAAAACUAUGCCUACUUCACAGACGGAUCAUACACCGAAGAAGAGAUAUUACAAGCGGAAAAAUACAUCUUGAGCACAUUGAACUUUGACCUCAACUACCCGAACCCCAUGAACUUUUUGAGAAGAAUCUCGAAAGCCGACGAGUACGACGUGCAGUCGCGGACUUUGGGCAAAUACUUGUUGGAGAUCACCAUUGUUGACCACAACUUUAUCGGCAUGAAACCAUCCUUGUGCUGUGCACUGGCGAUGUAUUUGGCAAGGUUGAUUUUAGGAAAAACUCCAGUUUGGAACGGCAACUUGAUCCACUACAGUGGAGGGUACAGGAUCAACGAUAUGAAAGUCUGCAUAGAACUCAUCUACCACUACUUGUUGCAGCCAGUAGAACACGAGGAGUUUUUCAAAAAAUACGCAAUGAGGAAAUUCAUGAAAGCUAGCACUUUAUGCCAAAGCUGGGCCAAGAAGUUCCGCGCCGAGGGAAGGGAUAUCUUUGACGAAACCUUGUCCACUCAUCGUUUAUCGAUUGAGUAG